AUACGCGCCAUAUGUCGGAUUCGAAGUAAACAGUGGUGCACAACUGCCAAUUUCUUGAAUUAUCUUCUUAUAACAAGAUUACUCUGUAAAGUAUGCGGCUUUUUAUUCGAUAAAAGAUAACAGCUCUUAAACUUUUUCUUUACGAUCAAUUUUCCGCGUUAUAAGCGCCGCUGGUGUCAUGUGGCCGGUUACGUGAUUCAGUAGUAUCAAGCAGAUCGAGCCUGGUGGAUAGUUUUACUUUGUUUAAAAAUAAUAUUAUUGACAAAAUAUCAUGGAUUGUGUUGCAACUGGAGGAAAUGUGAAAGUUUUAGCAAAAGCCAUACAUUCCCUGUCGAGAAUCGGAGAGGAGCUGUAUUUGGAGCCUGUGGAGGAUGGGCUGGCCCUGCGGUCGGUCAACUCUUCCCGCUCAGCCUUUGCCAGUUUCCAGUUGUCUCCUCUCUUCUUCCAGAGAUACCAGGCUCCAACAGAUCAGAGCUUUCGCUGCAAGAUGCCCAUCAAAAGUGUUCAGGCCGUGUUCAAGUCACUGUCGUCUUUGGAGCGAUCUGUUGAAAAAUGCCGUAUACAGUUGAACAGUGAGAAGAGUCGGUUGACUAUUACUCUGCACUGUAAACAUGGGCUUUUGAAAACCCACAAUUUGUCCUUUCAGGACUGUGAGAGUUUGCAAGCCGUGUUUGAUAAAGAGAGCUGUACAAACAUUCUACAAGCUCAACCCAGGUUGAUGGUGGACACAGUUCUGCAUUUUCCUCCAUCUCUGGAGGAGGUGAAUCUGUCGGUGAGCAGCGAUCGAGUGUGGCUCAGGAAUCAUGUGGAGGCUGAUGCAGACUCAUCACGAGCAAUGAUGACUGAAUUAUGUUUGAGCUCAGAGGAGUUUGAUCAUUUUUCCAUCAGCUCUCAGACCAGCAUCACCUUCUGCCUUAAAGAGCUCAGGGGUUUACUUGGAUUUGCAGAGUCAUCUUGUCUUCCAAUCUCAAUGUAUUUUGAUGAGCCGGGCAGUCCAGUCAUCCUGAAUGUGACAGACAGUGUUCUAGAGGCUAAUUUUGUCCUCGCUACACUAUCAGAGGACUCGCAUCAAAAGAACCACGUCAACUCCAACACAAAACGCCCUGAUGCAGAGCAACCACCAGACGACUUCAUGAGCGACGACAUGGACUCAUUUCUCAUCGCAAUGGAGACCAGCGAACUUCCUGGACCGUCACAUGUGCCCACAUGCCCUCAGCAACCCACCAAUAACAGAAAGCACCCCACCAGUGAUGACGAGGAAGAAGAAGCCCUUGCAGAAAGACCUCCAAACAAAAAGUUUUGUUCACUUUUCUUCGGUUCAGUUCUGCCCACUCCCUCUCUGACCAAUCAGACGAUACAGAGCCAGGAAGUGCUUGCCAGCGACAGUGAAGAUGAAAAUCAGACAGAAACAUCAUAACCACCCAACUCGGGAGUGAACGAUGUGGAAUGAAACUCCCACAUUCAUCCUCACAAAGACUGCCGAAUAUAUUUAGACACAUAUUUAGACCUUUUGAUUUUAUUUUUCUAUAAAAAAAUAAUGGCUUUUAACCAAGAGAUGAAGCAGUGAGCAUAACAACCCACGUCGAAUCAUUGCACAACUUGAAAGCAUCUCACUCCCACUGUGAAAUUCAAAUAUUUGAUCAAGUCCUUGGUUAUUUGAAAAUAAAUGUCAGAAAAGGG